UCCAUUUGUUUAUUUCCUUCCUUCCUUGCCCUGUUUUUCUCUGCUGGGGGAGUCGAUGAAAAAGAAACAGAGGAGGGAAAUAGGGAGAUAGAGAGAGCAAGGAAAAAAAAAGGGAUUGAGGAGACUGAAUUCUUGUACUCUGAAGGCUCGACCCAGUGAGCUAUCUUUUUUGGAGUUAUCGAUAAGCUUCUAGCUGCGCGGAAGAGUCACUUUUUUGAUAUCGGGGAUUAGCUCAGAGAACUAGAUAUCGAGUUUUUCCUUGCCGGAUCACGCGACAAUAUCUGAUCACUAAUGGCAAAAUCGCCUGAGCUAGAGCAUCCCAUCAAGGCCUUUGGCUAUGCUGCCCGGGAAACCUCAGGCCAUCUUGCUCCUUUCAGUUUCUCUCGGAGGGCAACGGGAGAGAAAGAUGUUACCUUCAAGGUAUUAUACUGUGGGAUAUGCCACUCCGACCUCCAUAGCAUUAGAAAUGAAUGGGGAGAUGCCCUGUAUCCUCAGGUGCCCGGGCAUGAGACUGUGGGGGUGGUGACAGAAGUUGGCUCCAAGGUGACAAAGUUUAAGGUUGGUGACAAGGUUGGUGUUGGCACCUUAGUGGGGUCAUGCGGCUCCUGCGAUAGCUGUAAGAGUGAUUUCGAAAACUACUGCCUUAAAUUCAUCCCCACCUACAAUAGCAUAUACCAUGAUGGCACCAUGAACUAUGGUGGCUACUCCGACAUCAUGGUAGCGGAUGAACACUUCGUAGUUGGGAUUCCUGACAAUCUGCCGCUCGAUGCGGUAGCUCCACUCCUAUGUGCUGGGAACACUAUCUACAGUCCAAUGAAGUACUACGGACUUGAUAAGCCCGGGCUUCAUAUUGCUGUGGUUGGGCUCGGCGGGUUGGGCCACAUAGCUGUCAAGUUCGCCAAGGCCAUGGGCCUCAAGGUGACCGUCAUCGAUGUCGACAUGGCUAAAAAGCAGGAGGCCGUUGAGCGCCUUGGGGCCGACGAUUUCUUCCUCAGUCAAGACCAGGAACAAAUGCAGGCUAGAAUAGCAACAUUGGACGGUAUCAUUGAUGCAGUCCCGGUAGUUCAUCCUCUCCAACCUUUGCUUCUUCUGCUGAAGGCUCACGGCAAGCUAGUUUUGGUCGGUAUACCAGACAAGCCGCUUGAGUUACCAGCCUUCCCGUUGCUCAAAGGUCGCAAGCUUGUCGGGGGCAGUUUAAUGGGCGGGUUGAAGGAGUUGCAGGAGAUGCUAAAUUUCGCCUCCAAGCACAACAUCACUGCGGACAUCGAACUCGUUAAGAUGGACUAUGUAAAUACUGCUCUGAAGAGACUUGAAAAAGCGGAUGUCAGAUACCGAUUCGUCAUUGACAUUGGGAAUUCAUUGAAGCCUACUGCCUAGGAAUAUCUGUUGGUUUCCCCUGUUGUUUCACAUUCGCUUGUCCUGCGACAUUCAUAAAUUCUGCGUGUUGUUGCACAUUGGCUUGUUGAUUCAAAUUUCUAAAAUAAGACUAGUUGUCAAUUUCUACAUUAAUAUUUAAUGAAUGUUCGCCGGAUCAUAUUGUACUUUUUCGAUUUGUCUCUGUAGGAUUUAAUUAUGAUCUUUGUUA